CUGUUCCUUUAAAAUUUUGGUUAUUGGGGUAGGGGGCAAACUACCAUGCACAUCAGGGUGUUCUCAGGGAGGCCAGAGAACUUCUUGAGUCAUUUUUCUCUUUCAACCACAGAUUGCAGUAAUGGAAUGCAGACCACCAGACCCCUGUGGCAAGCCCUUUUACUGACAGCAACCAACCUGCAAUCUUUAUUUUCCAUGAGGUUUUUUUUUUUCUUUUUUCUUUUUUUCGGAGCUGGGGACCGAACCCAGGGCCUUGCACUUGCCAGGCAAGCGCUCUACCACUGAGCUAAAUCCCCAACCCCCAUGAGUUUUUAAGUUAGCACAUAAAGUAACAGUGUCGAGAUGCCAUGUUCUUAGGUCAGUUUACUUCAUUUUCUUCAUUCUGUUCUCUACUGCCCUUCUCCCUCCUUCUCCCUCUAGCUGUCCGUUUGCUUUUACCCUUUACCUUAUGCUUCUUAAAACUGAAAAUUUUCUUUUUGAUUGAAGAGUUAAGUUUUACCAAGCGUUUCAGUUUAUGCUUGUGGUGCAUAUGGUAAAGUUAAUUGUAAGCAGUUUCAGGGAGAGAAAGAGUGCGGUGCGGUGCGGUGCGCCCUGAGUGAGGGGAAUCUGGGCAACGGGGUUGGAAACGUCCUACAGCAUCCUCACCAGCAGCAGCCAGCAGGGUGUACCCGCCCUGUGAAGGCGGAGACCUCUGAGCUGCAGCCUAGCGCCCAGAGUACGGCUCUCUCCAACUCUCGGGCGAACUUGACUGCAGGCAAAACAGCAGGGGAGCUUGGCCAGGUGGGACCCUGCUUCCCAGCCCCAGAACUUUCUUCCCUUGAGCAGACAUGAGCUACCAGCAGCCACAGCUGAGGGGUCCUCUGCAGAGAGAGACAGACCCGAGUGACAGAGAGAGCCUGGUCUCCGGACAUGAACACGGAGGGAAAUCGAGUCAGUCUGCAGCUGUUUUCAAUGUAGUCAAUUCUGUUAUAGGAUCUGGGAUAAUAGGAUUGCCCUAUUCAAUGAAGCAAGCCGGAUUUCCCUUGGGAAUACUGCUUUUAUUCUGGGUCUCAUACAUCACAGACUUUUCCCUAGUUUUAUUGAUAAAAGGCGGAGCCCUCUCUGGAACAGACUCCUACCAGUCUUUGGUUAACAAGACCUUUGGCUUUCCAGGGUACUUGCUGCUCUCUACCCUACAGUUUAUGUACCCUUUUAUAGCUAUGAUAAGUUACAACAUAAUAACUGGAGAUACUUUGAGCAAAGUUUUUCAAAGACUCCCGGGAGUUGAUCCUGGAAGUUGGUUUAUUAGUCGACAUUUCAUUAUUGUGGUUUCAACGGUUACAUGUACUCUGCCUUUGUCGCUGUACCGUGAUAUAGCAAAGCUUGGAAAGAUCUCCUUCAUCUCUACGAUUUUAACAGCUGUGAUUCUUGGAGUGGUAGUGACAAGAACCAUUUCCUUGGGGCCAAACAUACCAAAGACAGACAAUGCUUGGGUGUUUGCAAGGCCCAAUGCCAUCCAGGCUAUUGGGGUGAUGUCUUUUGGAGACUUGUUUGAAAAUUACUGCAGAAGUGAUGACCUGGUGACCUUUGGGAGGUUUUGUUACGGCAUCACUGUUAUUUUGACUUACCCAAUUGAAUGCUUUGUGACCAGAGAGGUUAUUACCAAUGUGUUUUUUGGUGGGGCCCUUUCAUCGGUAUUCCACGUCACCUUAACAGCGGCUAUUGUUACUGCAGCCACACUGAUAUCGUUGCUGAUUGAUUGCCUUGGGAUAGUUUUGGAACUCAAUGGUGUGCUCUGCGCGGCUCCUUUGAUUUUUAUCAUCCCCUCAGCAUGCUAUCUGAAAUUAUCAGAAGAACCAAGAACGCACUCAGAUAAGUUAAUGGCCUGUGUCAUGUUUCCCGUCGGUGCUGUGGUGAUGGUGGCAGGGUUCGUCAUGGCUAUCACAAAUCCUCAGGACUGCACCCACGGGCAGGAAAUGUUCUACUGUUUUCCUGACAACAUCUCCCUCACAAACAUCUCCCAUUCUCCUCGUCAACUGACAGCACAGCUUUCCCUUCCGAACCUCAGCAUCUUUCAGUGAGCUGGCUGCUUUAAAAAGCAUGCACGUAUGCUUGUCUCUUUGUCACAAAAUGACCAGUGAUGCGUGUCAAGACUUGCUUGUCCUUACUCUUUAUGGUAAUAUAAAAAUAUAAAAAAUUGAAUAUAUAUUUGAUCUUAAACUAGGACAGACAUCUUUUUAAUUAAGAUUAAUUAAUUAAUUAAGAAGGACCAGUGAAGGCAUAAGUACCUGCUUUCAGCCCCACAACUAUUAAUAUUAUCUUGUAUGGGAGCCACUGUUUUGUGCUCCCAAAUAAGUGAGUAAGUAUGGGUUAGAACUAGGGUGUGGGCUUCUUCAGGAAAAACAAAAGGCUUAAGUGUUUAUAGAAUCGAAGGGAGAGGGGAACACAAGCCUUCUAAAGGAUAGCUACCCCAGGAGCAAAGAGAAGGUCUCUAUUUUAACUUAGGGAGCAUCCCUUGUGGAGGGGGAAGUGGAUGUCUGGAUGAAAAGGCAACACCAUCCCUGAUUAGGAAGCACACAUAGAAAGCUGGAUGGGCAGAGAAAGCUCUGUGUGGGAUAACAAAAUUAUCUGUAGGCUUUUGCAGUUGUGGGAAUUUGAUGAACGAGCUAUUUUAAAACAGAAACACACAUCCUUUUUCUGAGGCAUUAGCCUAACACAUCAGUUACAUUUCUGAUCCGGACUGGCUGAGACCAUACAGCACGGCAGGAGCUGAACCUAGAGACUAAAAGCUUACCCUGAAUCUGGCAUUCCCAAUGGAACAGACAUUCUCCCUGUCCCGGGCCCUCUGGGAACAGUUGGGAGUCUUGUAGACGAGGGCGGCUUGCUUGCUUGCUUUGUUUAGGGAAUGUUUGCUUGGAUUGGUUUGGUUUUUCAGACAGUUUCUUACUGUGCAAUCCUGACUGGUCUGGAACUAUGUAGACCAGGCUAGCUUUGAACUCAUGGUGAUCUGCCUGUGGAUUCCUCCUGAGAGUGCUGGGGUUAAAGGCAUGAGAACAUCAUGGGGGAAUGACUGGGUAGCGGGUGCUAACCUGGAGGUGUCAUACAGGGUAUUGACUGGGAAUUCUAAGUAGCAGCAGAGAGGGAAGGAAUCAGAACUGAAGAUGAGAAGCAGAACUCUUAAUAUGGAGGGUGGCCCUGCUAAGCCACAGAGCUGGCCCCAUUCUGAGUACUUAGUGAAUGUUCCAGCUGCUGCCUCCCUCUUGAGUGCCUGACAGUUGUUUGCAGUCAAGCAAACAGUAAAGAGGUAAGAGUCAGAGGCUGGGCAUUUAUAACAUUUACUGUUAGAUAUACCUGGGAGGAACAGCUAUGCCUACUACAGGCAACCUCCGAUUUGAGUAAGGAUUUCAUGUCUUCAAAUCUUUUAAAAUCUGUAACAGGAUCAACUCAAUAGUUUCCUUAUAUCAAGUACCACCAAGAUGGUAAUUACCUUUUUAUCUGUGCUUCAGUCAGUUUGGGCCAUCCUGAUGCUAAUUAUGAGACAAUAUCAAAAGCAGAGCGAAUGCAGGCAUAUUUUUAAAAAGAUAACACACAAACCAGGUAUCCCCCAGGAUCUACAUGAUACGGUUUCGCAGUAAUUUUAAUCAAGUGGUGAGCAUUAAGUCAUCCAACAGCACAGUAGGCCUAGCAAUGGUUCUCAACCCUUUCAGUGCUCUGACUCCUAACACAGCUCCUCAUGUCAUGGUAACCCUCAACCAUAAAAUUGUCUUCAUUGCUUCUUCAUAAUUGUACUUUUGCUACUCUUACUAAUUGUAAUAUAAUAUCCUGAUAUGCAGGGUAUCAGAUAUACGACUUUUGUGGAAAACCCUUUCACAAGGGUAUUUACCCCACAAAAGGAUCGAGACCCAUAGGCUCAGAUUCCCAACACCUAGAUCAGGCUUCUAAUACCUUUCUGUAACUACAGUUCCAGGAGAUCUAAAACCUCUGGCCUCCUUGAACAUCUAUGCUGAUAUGCACAUAUCAAAACAUAUACAUAAGAAUCCAAAUACAUCUUAAGUAAAGAAAGAUCCAAAGAAUCCCCAGGGACAGACACUAAUAGGCCCAGGGGCUGGUGGUGGGUUUUGUUUCAGUAAAGCAUCACCAUGUCACUGAGGUAACACAAGCUCUGUUGACUACAUGGUUUCCCGAUAUUUAAUUUAUAAAUUUUUUACCGUCUCACCAAGGGUCAUAUGUCUAAGCCAUUAUGCCCUUUUAAGAAUAAGUACAUGCUUUUAGAAUAGUGCAUAUUGAAACGGUUGUGAGAAUACUUUCAUCCCAUGCUAAUGAAAUGUCAGAAAUGUUUGCAGCACACAGAAACACUGGUCCACUGCACACUUAUUAGAAAAUGUCAUCAGAGGUGGAGAAGAGACCCAAGAGUGAGCAGAGGGCAUCAAGGACAAUGCAAUUUAAUACUUAGCAAUCUAUCGUCUUGUACUUUGGUCAUUGCUUCAGACAUGUUAAUCUUGAAUCUGCAGCCAGAUGAGAAAUCCCCUGGUAGGAACCAAAUGCAUCUUUAAUAUCCAAUAGAUAUGUGUUUGUUUGUUAUUAAACAAAUGGAAAACAAAACCACCUUUGACCCAGUUGGCAGGAACAUUAUUGCCAACAUCUUUCACAUUGUGAUAGGAUGAUGUUUCGGGACUCAAUGUUGUUCUGCAGAAAGGCAGAGCGACAGCAUGGCCAAAUAAAGCCUAACUUUCCAUCUCCACGAGUCCUGCCUUCGCUUAGUAAGAAAUCUCCACCAAAGUUCAUUCCUUCCAUAAUGCUCACAAAGCAACUUGCAGGCUGUCAUUUAAUUCAUGAAGCUGUCACACCUUUAAACUUCCAAAGUGUUUCCUGAAGGUUAGAGAGGUGUUGAUGAGACUGGAGUUUGGACACUCUAAAGCACAUUUCCACAAAGUGUGUGUGUGUGUGUGUGUGUGUGUGUGUGUGUGUGUGUGUGUGUGUGUGAGAGAGAGAGAGAGAGAGAGAGAGAGAGAGAGAAAAUCUGUGUCAUGUAGGAACUGUAUUCUUAUCCCAUUUCCUUAGAAUCUUUCUUUUCAGUUCUGCCUGGAGUUAUAUUCAGAACUCAGGGCAGGUACCCUUCCUCCAUUCUAGACCAUUUCUAGUGGCAGCUACGUGGGUGACAGCAGUACAGGUGACAAGCAGUGCAGGUGACAGCCACCCAGGUGACAAGCAGCAUUCCUCACCUCUUUUUUUUCCUAUGAGGAGUCUAAUUCUAGGUGAUCCAAGAAAUUUCCAACUAUUUCUCUGCUAAGGGCAUGUGUAUAUUCACUUAAGGUCAAGUAUCUUGACAGGCACAAACUCCAGGUUUAUGUGCUGAAGCCUGUGGAGGGAAUAACCCAUGGACCAGGUGUGGUGGCAUGUGCCUCUAAUCCCAGCACUCAGAAGACUUGGAAUUAACUGCAACAAGUAGAUAGCCUCCAUAUAUACAUAUUUAUACAUACAUAUCAGUAUACACACAUACAUGUAUGUAUACCUAUAUGUAUAUAUGUGUGUGCAUAUACAUAUAAAUUUAUACACACACACACACACACACACACACACACACACACACACAUUUAAUCCUAGCUACUCAGGAAUUAAGAGAAAGAGAAUUACAAAUUCAAAACCAGCCUAGGCCAAAGAGUAAAACCUAGCCAAUUUAGGCACUUUAGACCCUGUCUCAAAAGAAAGAAUAAAAAGAAGGCUUAAGACUGUAGUUCCGCUAUAGCCAAGCAUGUAUGAAACCUAAAGUUCAAUACCCAGAAUAGAAGAAACAAAGUGUGGUGGUUUGAAUAUUCUUGGCCCAUGGGAAGUGGCAUUAUUAGGAGGUGUGGCAAUGUUGGAGGAAGUGCGUCACUGUAAGGGUGGGCUUUGAGAGCUUCCUAUUAGCUGCCAGAGUAUGCCAGUCUCUCUGAUGGCUACAUUUGGAUCAAGAUGCAAAACAGUCAGCUCCGACUGCAGCACCAUGUCUGCCUGAAUGCUGACCUGCUUCCUGCUAUGAUGUUAAUGGACUGAACCUCUGAAUCUGUAAGCCCAAUUAAAUGCUGUCCCUUAUACAAGUCGCCUCGGUCACGGUGCCUCUUCACAGCUGUGGAACCCUAACUAAGACACAAAGAAUUCUUAUACUCUAGAGAGUGCAUGCAGAAUUUAGAAUUUAGCAGAAUAACAGACCAAACAUACAGAAUGGAGCAGAGACGCCAUGGGCAGGAAAACACAUUGACUAGAAUAGAGUUCGAGUUGCCCAUGAAAGCAAUGGCUUUCAAACUUCAGCAUCUGCCAGAAUCACAUGGAAGACUCAUUCAACAGACAGUGCAGCCUCUCCCCCAAGUUUUACUUCUCUGUAGUGGAGUCUGAAAAUUCACAAUUUUGAAGUGCGGCCCAGUGAUGUUAGGCACUGUUGGUAAAGGACCACAUUUUUCUAAGCUUAGUGUUUGGGCAAAGAAAGUGCUAGAUGAAGACAUCUGCUUACAGGCUGAGAGUGCCAAAGAGAGGCCUGUGUUUAGGAGUUUGGACACAGUGCCAGGAAGAUGUAGGGGAAGGCAAGGAAUUAAGAACAAAGGGGCAAGACAGACUAUAACCUAGUCAACAGAGCUGGGUCUUAGCGGGCCAGCAUCAGAGAAGUCUGAGCUUUAUAGCCCUCACUGGGAGACAGAAGAAAACACAGGAGUUCCUCAAAAGUAUAGAGUUUUCCAAGGACUUACGUUUUCAACAGAAUGGUCCACCUCAAAUAUUACAUGAGCUAUGUAAGUAAAGUACACGGAGUUGGGAACACUGUUCUUGGUGAAAUCAUGCAGAUAAAGAAUCCAUGCUGCUCUCACUUUUAACUAUUUUUCUACGAAUGCUAGUUCACCUACAGAGAAGAUUACCAAUAGGUAUUUUCCUUGUAUUAUUAUUCAAUUAUAGCAAUGUCUAAGUGUGCCAUUAAGGCAAAACUAGACUCACCAACCAGCAAUGGGUUCAGUCUGCCCUUCAUUCUCAACUGUAGCCUGAUUCCAAUCUUUACAAAGUUAUAUCCGGACACAAGCCAGUCCCCAAAUCUGAGCAUUUUGCCUUCACACUCUUUGUUUCUCUAAAAAUUAAUUUGUGUCUCACCUAAAGAUCCACCUCAUUACAUCUGUAUUUUGACAGCAUUGUUUGCUUGCUCAAAGUCUUUCCUCAGAUGAAGUACAAAUUCCAGUGGAGCUGUUCAGAAUGUAUACCGAGUGGCUACAAUGUUCACGUGCAGCCACAUGGGCCAUGACUAGAAGAGAACGAUCCCAUUAUCCUAACAUCAGUAGCCAUCUCUCUGCACUGAAACUGUCCUGAGAACAUCUCAGACUUGCUUCUGAAAUCUUACACUUUUCCCAUCUGAGGUGCCCACCCCCCCCCCACCAAAAUUCCAUCAGACCCACCAGACCCCUCCAAAUGCCAUCCCCCACAGCCCUAACUGGCUCCUUCCUCCUUUGUAAUUCUGUAAUUCUUGUCAUUAUCCUAAUAGAAAGGAACCUUGUCUAACCAAUAAGGCUAAAAAAAAAAAAAAAGAAAAGAAAAUCACUGGAAACAGAAUGUGCUAUAAAGCCUCUUGUUCUCUGUAACCUAACUGUGCCUUAGAAUAUAGAAAAUGGUUAUUUGGUAUGGGUUUUACAGUAUGGAAGACAAAUUGGUUAAAAAUAUCAAUAAAAGUAAAAAUAUUUUUAUUGAAUUCUGCGACUGUAAUUAUUGUCCUUCAAUAAAUUUUAUGUAAAAUAGGCAUUUAUCCAAAAACCUGGUUGAAAUAAUUACAGUCAUUCCUUAUUUUGCCUUAUGACAUAUGACUGUCAGACAACUUACCUGCAAUGGUCUUCAAAUGACUCAAGCACAUACAUACUAAACCGUGCUGAUCUUUUCAGCUGUUUCAAUUGCUAAGUGAAUAUUUCAUGCAGCUUUCUUAACUAUUAGCUCCUUAAGAACAAAGUCAUAUUGUAUUUUUUUGGGGGGGCCAGUGUGUGCUUAUAUGUCUUCUUCCGUACAUUCACUCAAUAAACAUUUACUGGCUGUCUCUUACCUGUAUAAUUUAGCUCAUAUUAAAAUUUAGGUCCCACCAAAACACCUUGUGCUAGUCUCCUUACUCAACUCUCAAGAAACAGAAUCUCUCGAAUACUUAAAUCAAUCUGAUUAUGGCAUAGAUACAGUGAAUGCUAGCGGAGCCUCAGCAGACCGCUCUAGAGUUUGAUGUGACACCAAGAAAAGACACUUAGAAACAAAGGACAACACAUUAAGAAAACCUUUUCAAGCAAUAUCUGUUGGUAAGUUAAAAUUUGAAGGACAUUGGAAAUUGUUUAUUUCUAAGUCUAUGCAUUUAUCAUCCUUUAAACUUGUUUUCCCCCAAGGAUAAGCAGGCUAAUUACAGAAGAAAUUCAGCCCAGGCUUCUUAACUCCUAUCAUAUAACCCCAAUGCUGAACUGGUUAGGUCCUGGGAAAGAAAACAGUAGAGCCUCCUCUAAGGGGAAAAAAAGUAAAAUAACUAUGGUUUGUAGAAGUUAGUCCCUGGCUCUUCCUCCCAGCCCCUUGCUCCCAGAAAUAAGAUUCAGACUCAACAUAUAUUUACAAACACCUUGGCCGUAUAGUCAGGCUCUUCUCUGACUAGAUGUACCUUAAAAUAGCCCAUUCAUUCUAGCCUGCAUUCUGCCACGUGUCUGGUUAACGUCCUCAGGUACCACUCAUUCAGCUCAUUACAUCUUCCUGGCCAAUCUCCUGCCUCCUUCUCUCCAGAAUUCUUUCUCUUUCCAUGUCCCCUCUUCUGUUUCCUGCCUAAGCCUCAGGCCAGAGGCUUUUGAGUUGACAGGUUAUGCAACCACACAAUGCACAAGACGUUCUCUCUACAGUGGUUCUCUCUAUAAACAGCAGUGUGGACUGCAAGCUGAGUUCUAUGUCCUUGGGUUUGAUGCUCUCUGCUGCCUCAGAAGAAUGCAAAGUGAGUUCGGUGCCAUCCCAUUCAUUUUUGUUUUCCUUACCUUUUGUUUAGUUUUGAGGCAGGGACUUAUUUAGACCAAACUGGCUUUAAACCUGCUAUGCAGCUGAAGAUGACCUGGAACCUUUCUGGUCUUUCUGCCUCUAGCACUUGAGUGAGGAUGGCAUUAUAGGUAUUCACCACUGUCCUGGGGACACUAUUCCAGAAACAUAGAUAAACAUAUAUGUCCCUUUCUAUAAAAUCAGAAUCUAUUAAAUAACAAUACAUUUGUAAGUCUUAACAGUUUCAAUGACACUGAUUUGCCAUAGAAUACCCAGCUUUGCCAAGGAGAAUGCAAGCUCUUUUAUUCCAAGCUUAACUACUAAGGACUCUCAUAUCACACCAUAAAUAUAGUUAUAUGUCUAUAUGCAUUUAUACGGUUUAUGAGAUGAAUCCAAGCUUUAGCAGGAUUCACGGGGUUUCAGAAGUGAGAAAGAGGCUAUAAUGAGAUAACAGACAAGCCAGUGUCACAAGGGAGCUUCCGUAAGACCUACUGGAGUCAGCUUUAAGAAGAAAACUUCAGGGUUCAGCUUCAGCGUUAAACGCAGGAGGUAGAUCAGUGGCGGGAAAAUGUAGACUAGGUCCAGGUCUGGAUGAGGACAGACAAACAGUAAACCUGUGGGCAGUUAGGCAGACAAGUAGGCUACUGUAAUAAACGGGGACAGAGCUAAGACAAAGCCCAGGAACAGCUGGGGAGUCCUGAGUACUUGACAUAUACCAGGUAGCAGAUGUUAGGUUGGUAUAAAGCCAUAUUAUCAUGGAGUAAGUGUCUGCCAUUUUAUGAGGUCUACCCCUUUCUUAUUUUCAUAUGUCUGAUGAGUUUUUGAGCCUGGUUUCCCAGAUAUGAUUUCAAUAUACCCAUGUCCUCCAAGACUCCCAUUCUACUUACAGGGUAGCUCCCUUCUAUUUCCAUGAAUAAGUCAUUUAUCAGUCUAUGUUGGGUGGGUGGGUGGUGAGUCAUCCCUCUUCCUCAAAAUGGGGUCAUAAUUACUUGUAAAUGGAGUUUUCUAGGGCAAGGCAGAGCCUGAAAACCCACCAUUUUAUACAACAUGGAGUAAAUUAAACGGGGGCAUAGCAUUUCAACAGUCAUUAUGCCAAAGUUUUUAGUUUAGUCUUUGCUUCAAGCUUUAAAAAUAGACAUGAGAAGUAGAGUAGCUUUAAACAUUGAGAGAAAUUGGGAGAUGAAACCCCAAGGUUUGUUGGAGGGACUGUUUGAGUGCAGAAACACAGUAGGAGAUGUUCAGAGGCAAUAUGACCUUUCCAAGUACACUUUAAAAAGAAGCCAUUAAAAUGUUACAUUCAUGUAGAACGUUUCCUAGGAAUAAAUAAUUUGCUGGGUGUUGCAGUAAUUAUUUAAAAAAGCAGAACCUUUUAUCCCGUGCUAGGCCGACACCCUUAGGGCCACAUGGCACUGUGGGGUACUUUUAUCUUAGCGACUCCAUGCUGCCCCCAGACCCAGGCGGUCAGUGAACCCUUACAGCAUGGCACCAUGCCACACUGGUCCUUUGAGUUAGUUCCGGCACUGGAGGGCCAUAUGGAACUAACCAUAAUUUAUCUCUGGUUAGUAUCUCUUCCGGCAGCCCUCUACUAGCUGUGAGCCCUCUGGUUCCAGCUACCCGGUAAAAUCAGGGCUCUAGAAGUCCAGCAUGAGGCUGGCCUAUCACAGCUCCCUGUCACAGACUCUGCUCACACUCCCAACAACUGUCCCCUCGUAGUUAAAAUAUAAACUCCCAACUACCCAUUGAAAUCAUGACUCAAUAUCACACCAAUUAUGAAAAUUAAAUCAAUUUAUUUAUGCAUUACAAAAAUGAUAAUAGUGGUGCUCAACUUACAUUUGAGAGAAAAGGUUUUUUUUUGUUUUUUGUUUUGUUUUGUUUUCUCCAUCUUUAUUAACUUGGGUAUUUCUUAUUUACAUUUCAAUUGUUAUUCCCUUUCCCGGUUUCCAGGCCAACAUCCCCCGAGUGACGUGUAGGUUGAUGUCUAUUUGCAGGUGAGGUCUGGCACAAGUUUGGUCAAGGCCAUGACUGGGCAGUAAAAAAAUAAGGCAGGGACAAAGUUUGUGUAAGGUGAGAGAGAAGGGAAAGUGGGAGAAUCAAGAUGGGGAUGAAGAAGUACAACCCAUAUCCCGAUGGUCUUAAAUGGCCCUAGGUAGUUAUGUAUAUUUCUUAAGGGAUAGAUUUCUAUAGGUCAAUUUAUCUUAUCUAGGUGAGCGGUUUAUACCUUAACUACCGGGGUGGGGGGUUUGUUGAGAGUGUGUGCAGAGUCUGUGUCUGGGAGCCACGAUAGGCCAGCCCAUGCUGGACUUCUAGAGCCCUAAUUUUACCGAGUAGCUGGAACCACAGAGUUCGUGACUAGCAGAGAGCCGCCAGGAGACAUACUAGCCAGAGAUAAAUUAUGGUUAGUUCCGUAUGGCCCUCCGGUGCUGGAACUAACACUAGGGACCACCUGCGUCUGAGAGUACUUGGGGGCAGCAUGGAACCACUGAGAUAAAAAUACCCCACAGUGCCAUGUGGCCCAAAGGUGCCGCACCAGCGCGGGAUAAAAGGUUACCCGUUUUUUAAUAUUUACUGCAACAGCUGGGUGUACCUUAAAUGUCGUCUGAGGAUUCCUGGUCCCCAGAUGAUUUAUUUAAGCUUCAUCUUAUACCCCAUCCUACCAUUCAGAGGGGCCUGUACUGUAACUUCUACAAACCUUCCGGUUUGCUUUCUCUCACUUUCUUGGCUGCUGUGGACCAUAACCGUUCUUUCUUUUGCAUAAAUCCCCACAAUACUCCAGACCAGGGUUUCUCCGAAUACUGCAACCCUUUAAUAUAGUUUGUCAUGUUGUGAUGAGCCCCCCAAAUAUAAAAUCCUUUCUGUUCCUACUUCAUAACUGUAAUUUUGCUACCAUUAUGAAUAGUAACGCAAAUAUCUGUGCAGGUUAUCUGAUAUAUGGCUCCUGUGAAAGGGUUCGCAACCCACAGGUUGAGAGCUGCUAUUCUAGACAGAGAACGUACAACUCUCUCAUUUCCAUAAAAAAAUGCACUCAUUUCAAGCAAGAAGCGUCUACAUUUUCUACUUCUCGUUGCCUCUGGGAAGCCUGAGUCCCUCAGAGGUUCUUCCACUAACCUUCAGGCUUUGCCAUCCAAGUUCCGCCUUUACUCUUUCCAUUUUUCAGUUUUUGACAUGAACAAGGAAAUACUUUCCUCUACCUUCCUCAGUGAACUCCUCCCCCCCAGUACUUGCAACCUAUGAGGAAACCAAGCUUCCAAUUUGUAUGAGAGCAAAACAUGGGCUCCUAGCUCUAAGUGGGAACUUCUUCAUCCAGACAGUAAUGAGUAGCCCCCCAUAAUGUUGACGUCAUGCAUUGGCUCACAUAGUUUAAACCAGGCUCUCUCGGUCCUUAAUCGAUUUUCUUCAGCAAUUAUAUUGUUUCACCUAAUACCCUCUCUUCUUUAAACACCAGCUGCGUGUCUGCCUACUUUGCCCUCUAGAUAAAAAUAGCCCCUUAGAGCUAUUACAGCCCAGCCGUAAUGGAUCAACAUAUGUUAUAAAAUGACUGCACUCUCCAAAUUCAUCCACUUUUCCAAAUUAUCAUCUGUGGAAUGCUAUUAUGGUAUUGGACAUAUCGUUGAUUUCUUUAUUUAGAGCAGAUACAUCUGGACUGUGGACAGAGCUCAGUGAUACAGCAGUUGUCUAGCAGGAGAGGGCCCGGGGUUCAAUCUGCGACACAGCAAAAUAAACAUUGAACAUUUAAAAGAAAGUAUGAGAUAUGUAUCUUCACUAACAUCAGAGAAUAAGUUAGAGGAUCAAAAUUAAUCCUUAGGAAAUCUGAUUCUAAGAAAAUAAUAACAAUGCCUUUUCCUCCCCACUGCUCUAGGCUCUAACAGAAUCUUACGUUGAUGCCCAUGCUUCCUCCUCUCUGAGGGCUCCCUAGCCUUUGCAGCUAGGAUGAUAAUUUUUCUUCCUCUGCAAUCUGUGGAUAUCCCAUGCAAAUGACAGGAAAGGAACAAGCCAGUGUGAAUAAACAUUCCAGUGCAUUAUAACGGACUGAGGUCUGUGAGAUAUUCCUUAACUUAGUGAACCUUCUGGUCUGGAUAACUUAGAGAUCUGACAGGUGUGAUAUCCACAAAAUGAAUGUAAUUCCCCCCAAAGCCCCGCCCCUUGCUGAACUCCUGGCUUCUGCUUAGUGUGUCUAUUGAGAUAUAAUACAGCUGCUACUUCUGGUUGUGUGACCUUUUAAAAGUGCAUGGUUAAACAAAAAGUACAUGGUGAUUAAACAGCCAAGAACACGAACCAUAGCCAUCUAUGCUUUCUCCUUUCUUUCUUCCCGUUCUGCAUUUAUGUAUGUGUGUGUGCAUGUUUGUUUGUGUACACAAGCAGAUACGUGUGUGUGUGUUUGUGUGUGUGUGUGUGUGUGUGUGUGUGUGUGCGUGUACGUGUGCGUGUGUGCGUGCAUGGAAGCUGGAGAUGAACUUUGGGGCAUUUUUCCUUUGACCAACUGUCCAUUUUUUAAAGUAUGUUUUUAUAAAAAUAUUUUUUUCUUUAGUUUAGAGACAGACGCUUUCACUGGGACCUAGAGUUUUCAGGAUUAGAUGCAGCUCAAUUGUCAGUGAAUUCUAGCUAUUCUCCUAUCUCUACCUCUCCAGCACUAGGACUGUAAGCAGACAGCACUCUCUCUGACCUGACUGCCCCUGUCUCUGUCUUUCUCUGCCUCUCUCUGUCUCUCUGUCUGUCUUUCUCUGGUUUCUUUCUAUCUCAGCUCUCCCUCCCUUCUUCCUUCCUUUCUUUCCUUCCUUCCUUCCUUUCUUUCUUUCUUUCUUUCUUUCUUUCUUUUUCCCUUUCUUUCUUUCUUCCUUUCUUUCAGCAGCAUCUUAUUAAGUAGCCCAGGCUAACUCUGACAUCCUGACUCUCCCAUUUCUGAUAUCUCCCAAGCACUGAUAUCUGAGUCUUAUGCAGCCAGAACCAAGCCCAAUUCAUUUCUUUCUAGAACUUAGACAGCCUUAUACAGAAUAAGACUUCAGGAUAUAUAGAUUAGACCAUAACAGAUUGUUUUAAAAGGGGAUAAGAUAGGAAAUGAAAGAGGAUAAUCCAUGGAGUAGAUUCAAACAGAUCAGGAAUAACCAGAUCUCUGUGGUUCAGGUAUUAAGGAAGAGGCAUCCCACAGGGAACUCUUGGACAACUUCCUCUACCACUAAUUCCAUGGACAAAAACUGUCGAGACUCCUGUGUGAGAAACCAGCUCCCAUUCUUUUCAUCCCAACAAUCUUUCCUGCUUUUCUACUUAACAGAAAGGUUACGUGUAAGAAACAUUACAUUGCUUAACAGUUACAGUAAAUAGAUAGAUAAAUUACAUAGUUGAUCUUCUUCUAUAAAAGGAAUUCCCUAAAAGUAGAAAGGAGCACAGACAAUAAUGUAAAUACACAGAGACAACAACUGAGUUCACAGGUUUGCAGCACCACCUAUUGGAUUAAUAUCUGGGAGGUGGGACUGAAAGGACAACUUGCCUUGGUGGUUAAGAGCACUGGCUUGUUGGUUAAGAAGACCUGGGUUCGGGGUUGGGGAUUUAGCUCAGUGGUUAGAGCGCUUGCCUAGCAAGCGCAAGGCCCUGGGUUCAGUCCCCAGCCCCUGAAAAAAAGAAAAAAGAAAAAAAAAAAAAGAAGACCUGGGUUCAAUUCCCAGGCCUCACAUAUCCACUAAAAACCUCUUCUAGCCUCUGCGGGCACUGCAUGUUUGUGGAGCACAAAGACACCUGCAGGUAAAAACACCCACACACAUAAAGAUCUGGGAGCUGUUUGCCCUGCUGGAAUUCACAAAGUGUGGUCUGGGCCAGCAAAGGAAUUGGAUUUGAGUUGGGUCUCUUAGUCACUUCAGUCUUCCAUGGGGCAGAGUCUGAGAAAAUAGUCCCAAGGUGUGGUGGCUUGAAUGAGAAAUGUCCCUCAUGGAUUCAUGUACUCUCACAUUUGAACUUCAGUCGGUGGUGCCACUUGGAGAGAUUAUAAAAUGUUUAGGGGGUGAAGGCUUGGUGGAAGAAAUUCAUCACAAAAUGCUGGGCUCGAAGUUCAUAGCCUCAUUCACUUCUGGUUCUCACUCUCUUUCCGUAUAUGGAUGGAAACAUGAUUCACAGCCAGCUUUUUGCUUUUGUCUCCACCCUGUGCCUUCCAGACUUCGAGAACUAUAUCCCUCUGGAACCAUAAGGUAAAAUAAGCCAUUGGUUCUUUAAGUUGUUCUUGGUCAUGGUAUUUUAUCACAGCAACAGAAAAAUAUCUAAUAUUAUCUUAGUGUUUCCAUUGCUGUGAAGAAAUAGCAUAACCAAGGCUACUAUUAUAAAGGCUGAUAUUUAAUUGGGGACAGCUUAAAGUUUCAGAGUUUUAAACUACUAUCAUCAUGGCAUCAUCAUGGGAAGCAUGGCACCCUGCAGAGAGACAUGUUGCUAGAAGAGUCAAGAGGCCUACAUCUUGAUCUGAAGGCAACCAGAAGGAGAUUGCCUUCCAUAGGUAGCCCAGAGGAGGGUCUUUCAUACUGGCCAGACUCAACCAUGUGUGUGUGUGUGUGUGUGUGUGUGUGUGUGUGUGUAUCACAUAUAUAUAAUAUAUUACAUAUAUAUUAUAUAUAUUAUAUAUAUAUAUGAACUCAAAGCCCCACCUCCACAGUGACACACUUUCUCUAACAAAGCUAUACUUCCUAAUAGUGCCACUUUAUGUGGGCUAAACAUAUUCAAACCACCACAAAUAUAUAAAUAUAUAAGGGUAAUUCUCAACCUUAUCAUUAUUUCUUUGAUUUAAACUUUGAAAAGAUGUGUGUGUGUGUGUGUGUGUGUAUGUGAGAGAGAGAGAGAGAGACAGAGAGAGACAGAGAGACAAAGACAGACAGAGACAGAGACAAAGAGAGACAAAGACAGAGACAGAGAGAGACAAGACAGAGGGGGGGCCAUGCUGGCCAUUAAUUUGCAUCAAUUUUCUUGUUCCUGGGUCUAAAAUGCGCAGAUAUACAGGCGUAUACCAUUAUACUCAGCAUUUUCCCCAUGCCUUGUCGAAGACUCAGUGGUUGAAAGUACUUGCUCUUGCAGAAGACCCAGGUUCAACUCCAAGAACCCACAUAGUGGCUCACACCUAACCCCAGUUACAAGGGAUCCAAUGACUUCUUCUGACCUCUGUUCACAGCAGACAACAACAUGGUGCACAGACAUACAUUCAUGCAAAACACUUGCACAUAUAAAAUAAAUCUAAACAAUUCAAGAACUUAGACACGGGAUAAAGAAAAUUUAAUGAAUUUGUAUAGUUCUUUUACCCCUAAAAUUGAGCUGGAAAUAUCUGCAUAAAUUAAAACUAUUUCAUCAUCAAAAAAUUUAAAAGCAUACUCUCUAGUUAUGUUUAUUGCAAUGACUUAGAAACUAUAUAAAGCAUUAAAUACAUUAUUGAACACAUCACUGAAUGCAUCACCAACACAUUCAUCCACAAAUAUCUUUCUCUGGAAUGCUUUGGAGAAAUUGCAGAUAUAGGGCAGAAAAGUAUGAUAUGAGGAUUUAUCAGCAUUUGUGAAUGAAAAAACUAUGUCCACUGGUGAAUUUGUCAAACAAAUUCAACAAACAAACAGAAGAUAGCGUACCAUGAGUACCAGUCAGAAUAAUAAGUGUUUUAAAAUAUAACCUGUACAAUUUUUAAAAGCAAAAUUCAUUAUCUUUUGAGGAUUAGAGGAAGCCCAUGGGUUAUGGGAAAACCAUUUUAUAGGGAGAGAUUCAAGCACAGUUCUAGCCUUUCCUCUACAUUUUGUGCUAAGUGCAUAGCCAAACAAUUGAUGGAAACAUUUCCUCUCUUCAAAUAAUCAGAUUAUAAGUGAAAAGAAAGAGAGUAAAAAUAUCACCAUUUUAUGGUUCUCUGAUUAAUAGACCUAAACACAGACCAUGAGCAAAGCCUGAUAUCAUCACCAAUAGAAGAUGGUAACUCCACUUACAUAGUAACAUAAAAAAAUAAAGAAUAGCAUUUUAAUUUAAUUUAGUCUUUAAAUCUAACUUCCGGUGUAGGUGUGUGUGAGCCAUAUUGGUAGAUAUGGGGAAAUGGAAGUGAACCCGAAUGCUAAAGAGUCAAAGAUGUGCUGAUGAUCACAGAGGAUUAUGAAUCCUACAUAGACCAUAAUUGAGGCAAACAGUUGGAAAAGGGUGCUAAGAGCAUAUGAAGAUCUCAAAACUCGUCAAAUACUCAAUGCUCUUAAAGGCAUGUUUCAAUUUUUGUGUAUGGAGGUGAGAUUGUGUUUCUGUGAAGAAACUGUCUUGCCAUUCACACCAUGGCCUAUUUGUGGGCACAACAACACCUGAAAUUUUAUCUUACAUAAUCUAGAAACAAUGAUGGUAAGUGCAUAAAUGUAACAAAAGUAUCAAUAGUGGAUGAACUGUGAAGCUGAGUGACUAUAACAGGAGUUAUUACAUCAUGCUCUCCUGUAGAUGGCUGGAAAAAAAAUCAAAUCACUUUGGGAAGAUCACUCAGAAAGGUAUGAAUGUAAUCAUAGCAACGUUUUAGGUCCACAGAGAAGAAGUUGAGUUCUCAAUAGGGUGGGCAUGAUUCUCUUGCUGACUUUAAAAAUGUGUUAGCUCAUAAUCUUUGGUCACUGUUAAAAGAAAUGUUCUCACUCAUGGAAUAUCUGUACCUUGCUUAAUAAAGAAUGGUAUGUUAUGAUUGGAUAGCCAUGACUGUUGGAAUGGAUGUGAUACUUUCUUGGCUACCAAAAUGAAAUAAAUGCAACUUUUAUUAAGUUUUUGGUUAGCAUAAA